AUGAUAGCAGAAGACAUCAGACCGCUGUUUGGCGCGCUGGUCGUGAAGCCUGGGGACUUACGCCAAGAUGGAGAGGGACAAGGUCAGGAGAGUGAAGCGGUGGAUGGGCGAUGGAAGGAGGGAGCUGUACCAAUUUCAGCUCGGUUAGGAUUGCAGAUUGAGCAACAAUUGCUGGUGGGAAAACGAGGCGGACUCGGAGGGAGCCCUAGCGACGCAGGUGAGAAUGGGGCAGCAGCAGUGACUGAUGGCAGUCACUGCUGCUUGCCUGUGUCGGCAGCCGCAACGACGACCCCGACGGAGGACUAUUGUACGAGCCGAGUCUUCAGUACGCCAGUUGGCGAGCUAGUCCCUAGCAGCCAAUGUAGCCCAGGAAACUCGGCAUUGUCUCUACUUACGGGUCUGUCGAAAGAGCAGCACCAUCAGGUUCAGCUGCCCAUGACACUUUCUGCCUCGACCGGUCUCCCGCAAGCCCGACCCGACUCAGCUCUCUCCUCAAUAGUACUCACCGAAGCGGCGGUUGGGUCAUUGCCCUCGGCCCAUCUGCUUAUUCUGACCAACACUGCCCAGCUUUCGGGUCCCAGCCCUGGUUUCGGCUGUCGAAGACUGUAG